GACGGCACCUUCGCCUCAACGUGCCGAGGAGGGGUUACGCACUCUUCACUGUACUGUCAGCAGCGAAGGACCUAUAUCUUUGCCUUUCGCCAUCCUGCACUCCUUCCUUCACUUUCCACUGACUUACCACAAAACCCUUCAAACUCUACGUGCAACCACCACACAGCAGAAUGUCUGGACCAUACGACCAAGGCUACGGCCAGCAAAAUUACAACAAUCAGUCCUAUGGUUACGACACGAACUACCCACCGCAGGGCCAGGGCUACCAGCAAGGCUAUCAGCAGCAAGGCAGCUACCCACAACAGCAGCCACAAUAUGGACAGGCACAAUACGGACAACCUCAAUAUUCUCAACCCCAGGGCUACGGCGCACCACCAGCACCCGACUACACAGGAGGCCAGAGCGGAGGCUACAAUCCAGGCGCACCGCCUCAGCACGGCGGCUUUCAACACAACCAGCAGCAGCAAGGCUACGGAGGAGUGUCUCAAUAUGGUGCGCAACAGCACGACCCUUACGCACAGCAACAACAGAACACCUAUGGCGCCCCACCGGCUGGCAGCGACCCGAACAACCCCUAUGGAUACCAGAAAGAUCCGGCUGAUCCCAACCACCCACAAGAAGGCGAGAGGGGUUUCAUGGGUGCGGUAGCGGGUGGUAUCGGUGGACAUCUCUUGGGCAAGCAGGCAGGACACGGCAUUCUAGGAACACUGGCCGGCGCAUUCCUUGGAUCGAAAGGCGAGGACAAGUUCAAGCAGAGCCACCACAACAAGCACAGCAAUCAGCGCUGGUAG